GUCUUGAAGAUUAAGUAAUCAAAUUAAUUGCAUACACAUUUCAAUUUAUGUAAUUAAUGUGUCAAUUCAAUUCAAAUUAAAAAGUGACUCAAAUCAUCGACGCGAUGUGUGACACGUUAAUAUUGUUUAAAAAUAAAUUCCAAAUAACGGCCCUAAAAAAUUAAUAAUAAAAGAAAAAAUAAAAAAAAAUAAGCGACGAAUCGCAGUUAACAACAAAAGUAGGAAUUGAAACUAUUUUUUUGGAAAAUUUAUCACUCCACUAAACGCAGCAUUUAUGUUAAAACUGUCAUCAGGAAUGACUGUCACUGGUUUACGCACAAGUAUGACAAGCCCGACGGUACCACCGCAAACAGCAAUAGCAAUGACCAGUACCACAACAGUAGUCGUAAGUCCAGGCAGUGCCAGUAGUCCCACAUCACCAUCCGCACUUCUUCUGGCACAUCAGCAACAUCUGCAGCAGCAAUUGCAGCCGCACCACCAGCUACAUAAAUCUAGUUCACGCUUAAGCAACUUCAGUGUGGCUUCCUUAUUAGCGGACACCAGGCCGCGUUCACCCGUACAAAUAACAGACACCAACAGUCAAAUGGCACCAACAAAUCUCUCUAGUUCAACACCAUCAGCGACCACAUCACCAACGUCGCAAGGCUCCUCACCAGCAACGCCACCUUCAACACAUCAUCACACGCAUUUCCAUCCUGCCACUGUAGCGCAUCACGCACAUCUACUGCAUGCCGCGGCAGCAGCACAUCACGCGCAACAACAACAAGCUGCUGCCGCUGCAGUAGCUGCGGUUGCAGCUGCGCAACAAGUCGCCGUCGCCAACAGCAACACCAACAUACGCAAUCAGAAUCUAUCGCCACGCAACUUGGGCCCCAUAGUGUCUGGUGCAACGACGCCACCCACAUCUGUCUCCACACCAGCUACUACACCUGCACAUAGCAUGAUAAGUGCGGCCAAUAUGUCGACACCGCUGUCAGCGAUAACAAAAAAUGAACGGAAUUCGCCAAUUGGCAGUUCGAUUGACUCCGAGUUGGACUAUGAUGAAGACAUCAAUGAACAUGACGGAGAGCAUGACGAAGAAGAGGACUCCAUUGUUGAUAUUGAAGAUAUGAAUGCUGAAGAGUCGCCGCGUUCCACACCCGAUGGCUUGGAUAGUAGUAAAACGCCAGACGGACACCCAUCAAUGCCAUCUUCACCGCAUAUACUAUCACCGGCAGCGCUAGCGGCAAGUGGCCAUGUGCCUAUUAGACCAACACCAUUUAGUGCUUUGGCUGCGGCAGCUGUUGCAUGGGGCGGCAUGGGAGGUGGAGUGCCAUGGCCGGGCGCGCGGCAACUGCCACCUUUCGGACCACCCGGUUUAUUUCCAGGACAAGGAUUCGGUGGUGGAGAUAACAAUGAGCCACCACGCAUCAAAUGCAAUCUACGGAAGCACAAACCGAACCGUAAGCCACGCACACCGUUCACUACACAGCAGCUUCUCUCAUUGGAGAAGAAAUUCCGGGAGAAACAAUACCUCAGCAUAGCAGAACGUGCCGAGUUCUCGUCGUCGCUGCGGCUUACAGAAACUCAAGUUAAGAUUUGGUUUCAAAAUCGACGUGCCAAAGCGAAACGCCUGCAGGAAGCGGAAAUCGAGAAAAUCAAAAUGGCCGCCUUGGGACGUGGUGCGCCCGGCGCUCAAUGGGCGAUGGCGGGCUACUUUCAUCCGAGUCUGAUGCAUUUAGGAUAAAAAAACUCACUACGGUUUCAGCACAAAAGUCACCUGCCCUCUCAAUUGCAACUUUUACGUUUCUUCACUAAAUGCGACUAAAUUUUAUUUUUAAAAAAUAAUCUCUUAGUUCAGUUUUCUUUGAAACUGUAUAAAGUUUAAUUUACAAACCCAAUUUGCUGUGAUGUUAGCGCAUUUUACAUUGUAAUUCAAUUGUACAUACAUAAAACUACCAUUAACGAUUGUUUAUAUUAAAUUAGUAUUAUUGAUGAAGUUAUAUAUGGUGUAUACAAAAUAUACAAAAUAUACAAAAAAACUUAAAAAAUAGCAAAAUUGAAAAUUUUAGCUGAGGUCGAAAACUACGAGUAUUUAAGUUCAGAUACAGAAAAACCUUAUGUACGAGUACUUAUCUAACCUUUAAUAAUAAUUACCUACUAUAAAAAUACAACUAUGUAAUAUAUUGUACCGACUGAUUCUAAUUAUGUAUGAAGCAUUAUCGUAAAUCAGUUGCAAGUACUGAUGUAGCUUAAAUUUAUGAAAUAAACUUAAAAAAAAAAUUGUAUAAAUUCAUAAGUUAUUUUGUAAUCUCGAAUGUUCCAAAUAUUAACAAUAAUAAUCGAUGCAAGUAAUUAAUCUUUUUUGUAUUAUAAGUAACAUGAUUAUUUCCCUGGUUAGCAUCCCCGCUCUUGACAAGAGCAUAGGGCGGAAUAGGAUAAGUAAUACGUCAGCUAAAUCAUCUGUAAAUAUGUAAAGUUUCUAGUUCUAAUGCUGUUAUGUACUCGUAUAUACUUGCUUCUACACAUAUAUAAUAUUAGGUAUAUAUAUUUUCUUAUAU